AUGGUCGACUUCACUUUCACGUGGCCAUCGGGCCCCAAGAAGGUGGUCAUUACAGGGGACUUCGAUCGGUGGCAGGGGACCGUGCCAUUGGAGAAGCAGCCCAGCGGAGAUUUUGUUGUGCAGCUCCCCAUCGGCGUGGUGGAGAGCGACAAGUUCUACUUCAAGUUCAUUGUGGACGGACAAUGGGUGACUAGCGAUUUGUAUCCCAAAGACAGCCUGACGGGCGCGGAAAACAACUACGUGCUGUUGUCGAGUGUGGGCGGGGGAAUUGGCAGCAGGUCUGCGCCAGGCAGCGCCGGGGCGGCGGCGCUGCGCGCGCAGCCGGCGCCGGGGUCCAAGAAAGGCAAGAAGAAGAAGAAGGGGAAGAAGCGGACGCGGCGGAACCGCUCGGCCGGCGAGGCCUCGCCGGCCCCAGGCGAGAGCCCGGUUCCGGAGAGCUACGACGAGGACGGGACGAGUUCCGACAGCUCUGAGUCCGAGCCGCGCGAUGCGCCGCACUCUGCAGCGUCUGCAGCUGCGGAGAAGGCUGCCGAGGCGGCGGCCGAAGUGGCCGCUGCGGUGGCUGCUGGCGCCGGGGCAGCCAUGGCGGUGGCUGCAGCGGCGAUGCACAAGGUGCCGCACAAGCUGGAGAUGGGGAUAGGGCCGUUGAUGCGGGACCCCUCCGAGGUUGCAGAGCUGCACCAGGUCGACGGUGAGGCCUUGAAUAAGAGGCUGAACGCCGAGCGGUCAGGUCAGCAUGCAGGAACCCUAGAUCCAAGAGCCUCUGAGAAGCUACCAGACGACCCACGGGACUCUGUGCGUGACAACAUUAACAAAGCUCUUGCUGAGUUGGAUAGCACACGCGGUCCUGCUGAAGAUACCACCCCAUUAAUAUCUGCUAACAGCACAAACCCUGGCAAGAUGGUGGGACUCGGAUUAACCGAAGGCAUUGACACUUCUGGUGCAAUCGGUACACCUGCGUCCGACAGCUCCACUUCUCUACUACCGGGCACUUUACCUCUAGAUACUCCAACGGCUAGCGGGAAGCCCAAGGAUAGAAAUGUAGCGCCGGUACCGGAAUCCACCCCGUUGAGGGAGGAUGUAACGCCUGCCCGUGAAGACUCUAGCUUACCCGAGACUAAUAAACCAGCUAUACCGCUUCCUUAUAGCGGACCUUCUGGUAAGGACGCUACACCAGCCGAGGAUACUCUAAAACCAUCUGGCAAUGACCAGAAGAAAUCGAGAGUUCCGGAGAUUGCCGUAGCAGGACAGACCACUUCGCAGAAUAGUUCAAUACCAUCAUCGGCCAAGGAUACACCUGCCCCGGAGGGAUCCACCCCGAUCCUACCGGGCAGUCCUCUACUACCAAGUACUCCAGAGCCCUCUGAGAAGCCUUCUGUGAAGGGCGCUACUCCAAGCGCUCUGUCACAAAAACCAAUCAGCAGAGACUCUGCGCCAGCUGACGGGUCGAAACCUUCCAUUGAAAAGGCCACACCUGUUCCUGAAGGAUCCACACCAAUUCUCCCAGGCAGUCCUCUGCUACCAAGCACACCUGCUCUGUCCGACAAGCCAUCCGUCAAGGGUGCUACACCAAGCAGCCCUGCCCAGUUGGUGAAGAAGGACGUUGGCUCCAAUGAUGGCUCCAAAUCUGCCACAGAGGGCAGCACGCCUGCCCCAGAGGGAUCCACGCCGAUCCUUCCAGGCAGCCCACUGCUACCAGGUACUCCUGUGCCAGUAGGCAAGUCUUCAGUCAAGGAUGCAACUCCAAGUGCUUUGUCACAAAAGCCUAUCAGCAGAGACUCUGCGCCAGGUGAAGAGUCAAAACCUUCCACGGAAAAGGCCACGCCUGUUCCUGAAGGGUCCACGCCAGUUCUCCCAGGCAGCCCUCUGCUACCAAGCACACCUGUUCCAUCUGACAAGCCAUUCGUCAAGGGUGCUACACCAAGCAGCCCUGCCCAGUCGGUGAAGAAGGACGUUGGCUCCAAUGAUGGCUCCAAAUCUGCCACAGAGUACAGCACGCCUACCCCAGAGGGAUCCACGCCGAUCCUUCCAGGCAGCCCACUGCUACCAGGUACUCCUGUGCCAGUAGGAAAACCAUCUGGACAGAGCGCUACUCCAAGCGCUUUGUCACAGAAGCCUAUCAGCAGAGACUCUAAGCCAAGUGAAGAGUCAAAACCUUCCAGGGAAAAGGCCACGCCCGUUCCUGAAGGGUCCACACCAGUUCUCCCAGGCAGUCCUCUACUACCAAGCACACCUGUUCCAUCUGACAAGCCAUCCGUCAAGGGUGCUACACCAAGCAGCCCUGCCCAGUUGGUGAAGAAGGACGUUGGCUCCAAUGAUGGCUCCAAAUCUGCCACAGAGUACAGCACGCCUGCCCCAGAGGGAUCCACGCCGAUCCUUCCAGGCAGCCCACUGCUACCAGGUACUCCUGUGCCAGUAGGCAAGUCUUCAGUCAAGGAUGCAACUCCAAGUGCUUUGUCACAAAAGCCUAUCAGCAGAGACUCUGCGCCAGGUGAAGAGUCAAAACCUUCCACGGAAAAGGCCACACCUGUUCCUGAAGGAUCCACGCCAGUUCUCCCAGGCAGCCCUCUGCUACCAAGCACACCUGCUCCAUCUGAUAAGCCAUCCGUCAAGGGUGUCAUUCCAAGCGGCACUGCGCCAGUGAAGAAGGAUGCUAAGACUAGCGAUGAGUCGAAGCCGGCGACAGAGUACAGCACGCCUGUCCCCGAGGGAUCUACACCGGUCCUUCCAGGCAGCCCGCUGCUACCAGGUACUCCUGUCCCAACAAACAAGACGUCUACAAAGGAUGUAACUCCAAGCGCUCUAUCACAAAAGCCUACCAGCAGAGACUCCGCGCCAGCUGACGGGUCAAAACCUUCCAUUGAAAAGGCCACGCCUGUUCCUGAAGGGUCCACGCCAGUUCUCCCAGGCAGCCCUCUGCUACCAAGCACACCUGUUCCAUCUGACAAGCCAUCCGUCAAGGGCGCUACACCAAGCAGCCCUGCCCAGUCGGUGAGGAAGGACAUUGGCUCCAAUGAUGGCUCCAAAUCUGCCACAGAGUACAGCACGCCUGCCCCAGAGGGAUCCACGCCGAUCCUUCCAGGCAGCCCACUGCUACCAGGUACUCCUGUGCCAGUAGGCAAGUCUUCAGUCAAGGAUGCAACUCCAAGUGCUUUGUCACAAAAGCCUAUCAGCAGAGACUCUGCGCCAGGUGAAGAGUCAAAACCUUCCACGGAAAAGGCCACGCCUGUUCCUGAAGGGUCCACGCCAGUUCUCCCAGGCAGCCCUUUGCUACCAAGCACACCUGCUCCAUCUGAUAAGCCAUCCGUCAAGGGUGUCAUUCCAAGCGGCACUACGCCAGUGAAGAAGGAUGCUAAGACUAGCGAUGAGUCGAAGCCGGCGACAGAGUACAGCACGCCUGCACCGGAGGGAUCCACACCGAUCCUCCCAGGCAGCCCAUUGCUACCGGGUACUCCUGUUCCAGCUGGCAAGCCAUCUCGCAAGACUGCAACUCCAAGAAGCCCCGCGCAGCCAGUGAAGAAUGAUACUAAGCCUAGCGAUAAGUCAACACCGGCCACAGAGACGAGCACACCAACACCAGAGGGCUCUACCCCUAUCUUACCUGGAAGUCCAUUGUUGCCGCACACUCCUGUCGCAAGUGGCAAGCCUUCGGAAAGCCCAGCUAGUGUUCCUAAGAAAGAGGACGUGACCGAAAAGAAGGAUGAUGUCAGGUCUCCUGCUAAACACGCUGCAACACCAGUUCUGUCUUCACCAUUGGCAGCACCAGUACCUAAGGGCAAACCUUUGGUGAAAACUGCUAGUGUUAACCAGCCUUCUAAAGAGGGCAGUCCAGGAAGUGAAUACACAACUCCGCUGGCCACUUCUCCAGUUGACGUGACUCACAGUCUAUCAGGAGACAGUGCCCCAGUGAAGACGCCGGUUGGUGUCACAGCGAUCCCAGUUGCUUCAAAGAGUGUCAAUCCUGUUGAUAAGGUAGAGAAGCCGGUCAACAAGAAUCUUCAACCUUCUAAAGGUACUGAUACGAACAACACUUCUGCCACAACGACUACUGGAUCUACUCCCAUUCUACCGGGGAGUCCACUUAUUCCCAGUACACCUGUCCUAUCUGGUGUUAAAGCUAAUGAGAACUCUCCUUCAGUUGAGAGCAGCGUUCCAGCUGCAUCCAAUACUCCAAGCAAGGCUGCACCAACUGAUGGCCAAACUUCGGUUAAAACUACCACAAAACCUGCUAUCACUAAGGAGGAGCCUAAGCCUACUCCCGCAGUUGCGAAGGAAACUCCUGUUUCUACCUCGGUUGCAGCGGUGAGCGUCGCAAAGAAAGAAAACACUCAGGAUGUUUCAGAGCGUCCUUCUCAAGCUGAGCUCCCUUCGAAGACACGUAUAGAGCCAUCGACUAGUGUGCCAGUACCAGUGCCAGUCCCUGCAGGAGUAUCACAGGUUACACCUGCAUCUCCAGGCCCAAGAAACCCAAGUAGGAUUGACCCUGAAAACCCUCCUGCGCAGGUGCCGGAGGAACCUGAGAAGCGCGCCGCGCCAGCACCAGCUGCACAGCCAAGCCUCGCUCCUAGGACUGCAGUUCCGGCACCUUCUGAGGCUCAUGUGACACCGGUAACUAACGUUCCAGUAUCUGAGCAGAUAUCUUCGCCGAAGGUGACUCAGCCAGUUGUCGAAUCAAGCCCUGCCACUGAAUCGGAGAAGGUAAUUAAGGCACCUGCUGUUGCUGCUCACGAGAUAUUCCCACCUCAUGUGGUCAAGCUAACACCGGUGUCGCCUAAGAAGAAGACGUCCACCGGGAGCUUGAAGAAGCAGAUUAUUGCGCCUAGAGAAGAGGAGCAGCCACAGCCUGUUCACGCAGUGACAGGUACUGCCAUUGAGCUCGAGGAGGUUCCAUCGACGGUGGAACUUGUCGAGGUACCUCCAUCUGAAGUGCCCACGACUCAUUCCCCUAUUGUCGUCGGAAUACCACUAUCAAAUGACAAGAUUGUCGUCGCCCCUGUGCAGAUACAAGGAGAUAUCACGACACAGACGUCUGCUCCAAGUACUCAGUACACUGACACAUAUGCUGCUCCCGUCCGCCAGGAUGUGCCUCUUGCUACGACCGCUGGCAGAUCUUCUGUAACGCAGUCACGUCAUUCUAAGGAUGCUGCUAGUAUGGCUACCGCUCCAAGCACGAAGCAGAGCUUUGAUGCUCACAACGGCAGGCCUUCUAGCAAGAACAGCAAUUCUAGCCCUAGCCGCUCUUCCACUGAACCAAAGAGAAGGUCCGGAUUCUUUGCUAGGUUGAAGAGAUUUUUGAGGUGA